AUGACAGAGGCAGACCCCAGCAGUCCCCAACGCCUCCCGGAAGACGUCAUGUACGUCCUCUUAGGACACGUCGGCGCCACCGCCAGCCCUCCCGCUCUCGCCACCUUUUUGCGGGUCUCCCGCUACUUCCACAAGAGGCUUAUUCCCUUCCUCUACAUAUCACCGACUCUUACCCAGGCGAACGUCUCCGGCUUUUUCGACCCGCUCUUCGAUACCGACACGAUUGAUGACGAUGAGAGGGAACACUGGUGGCAAGGAGACCCAGUGGACAAAAAGUCGGCAGUUGCGAGAAGGCUGGCUAUGCUGGGACAUGUGCAGUGUGUCAUCUUUGAGGAUUAUGCCACUGAAAUAAUGUGCAAUUCAGCGGUCUCUGGGUUUCUCGCGCAGGGUCUUGACAGCCCGCCCAUGAGUUGGUACGGGUACACAUCCAGCAGCCGAGACGACUCUUCUCCCGCCCGUCGUCUCCUCUUCUAUGGCCGCGCUCCUACCCUCGUCCACCUCUCCCACAAGUAUCUAGGAAACUUGGCAUUUGAAGCAUUGGAUGACGAGGAUCGACGGGUCCAGACAUUUCAAUCGAUGUUGGGCCCAUUUGGGGUGUUGUCAAUCCAACAGCCAGCAGAUUUACGGGGACUUCAUCGGUUUUACGUGCCAAAUUAUCUGGCACCAAUCUGCCGAAGGGUUGAGCCCUUCGUGCUGGUGAUCAACGACUACGAUAAUACCGUCCUCUCCGAGAUACUGUCUCCCUCCCAACGCGGUAUUGCAAUGCGCCUCCGGGGCAGUAUGGAUAGUCGGUCGAUUGCACAGACUGAUGAAGUCGUUGAGUUCUUGUCAGAACACAUGAAACUCACGCGCGAGCCCCUCUUCUACAUCAUAUAUAACUUUUCGAUGGAUGAGGCGAUCUACGACCACUGUAACGGCAAACGAGUCAGAAACUUGAUCCUCAAACGUGCUUUCGCGGCGGCCUCCCAAUCGCCUCAAAAGAGGAUCGUGAGGCUGGAGGUCAUAAUGCAAGGCCCGCAGUCGAAUGCUGCUACGGUGGAGAGGAUGAGGUAUGAUAUAUUCGAGCUGAUGAAGAAAGGUUGA